ACAAAGAUGGGAAGGGGUAGGGUACAGCUGAAGAGGAUAGAGAACAAGAUCAAUCGUCAGGUAACUUUCUCCAAAAGGAGAACUGGGUUACUCAAGAAAGCUCAUGAGAUCUCUGUGCUCUGUGAUGCUGAGGUCGGUUUGAUUGUCUUCUCCCACAAAGGAAAGCUCUUUGAGUAUGCCACUGAUUCAUGCAUGGAGAAGAUACUGGAACGCCAUGAAAGGUAUGCCUAUGCAGAGAGACAACUGGUAGGAAAUGAUUCUGAGACACAGGGAAACUGGACAAUUGAAUAUACUAGACUCAAAGCAAAGGUUGACCUUUUGCAGAGAAACCACAGGCACUAUAUGGGAGAAGAUUUGGCUUCAAUGAGCCUCAAAGAGCUUCAAAGUCUGGAGCAACAGUUAGAUACCGCUCUCAAGAACAUCCGUACACGCAGGAACGAUCUCAUGUACGAGUCCAUCUCUGACCUUCAGAAAAAGGAGAAAGUGAUACAAGAGCAGAAUAACAUGCUCGCAAAGAAGAUCAAGGAGAAAGAGCAGGCUGUAGCACAGCACGCAGCUCAGUGGGAGCAGCCAAACUACAGGGUUGACACAUCUUUCUUACCACAGCAACCUGUUCCCAGUUUGAACAUAGGAGGCAAUUACCACCAAGAAGCACCAGAACUAGGAAGGAACGAGCUUGACCUGACCCUGGAACCACUGUAUUCUUGCCACCUAGGGUGCUUUUAA